ACUAGGAACAAACAUGUCUGGUCGUGGUAAAGGUGGAAAGGGUUUGGGCAAAGGAGGCGCCAAGCGUCACCGCAAAGUUCUGCGUGACAACAUCCAGGGUAUCACCAAGCCUGCCAUUCGUCGUCUUGCACGCCGUGGUGGUGUCAAACGUAUUUCUGGUCUCAUCUACGAGGAGACUCGUGGUGUUCUCAAGGUCUUCCUGGAGAAUGUCAUCCGUGACGCCGUCACCUACACCGAGCAUGCCAAGAGAAAGACCGUCACCGCCAUGGAUGUUGUCUACGCCUUGAAACGCCAGGGUCGCACUCUGUAUGGCUUUGGUGCUAAUUUACUCGCUGACUUUCAAGUUUGCUGGUCUCGUCGAGUAGAUUUUGAACGCAAGACAUUUGCAAUGGCACGUACCAAGCAAACCGCUCGUAAAUCCACCGGAGGCAAGGCGCCUCGCAAACAGCUGGCCACCAAGGCCGCCCGCAAAAGCGCCCCAGCUACCGGAGGUGUGAAGAAGCCCCAUCGUUACAGGCCAGGCACUGUCGCUCUUCGUGAAAUUCGUCGUUACCAGAAGAGCACAGAGCUGCUGAUCCGCAAACUGCCCUUCCAGCGUCUGGUGCGCGAGAUUGCACAGGACUUCAAGACCGAUCUGCGUUUCCAGAGCUCUGCCGUCAUGGCUCUGCAGGAGGCUAGCGAGGCUUACCUGGUGGGUCUGUUUGAGGACACCAACCUGUGCGCCAUUCACGCCAAGCGUGUCACCAUCAUGCCCAAGGACAUCCAGCUGGCCCGCCGUAUCCGCGGUGAGCGCGCAUAAACCAACGGCUGCUGCUGCUGCUGCUG